CGCCCAGCUGAUCCCGGCAAGUUGUCGUGAACACGUGCAGUUUCAGUUUGUCAACAAAACCAUCAUGGGUCGCAAAGUUCCGGCUAGAAAACACCAUGGAGUUCGUGAUCCUAUUAAACAAGCUCAGAACCGAUAUCUGCAAAUCAAAGACAAAAUAAACAACCCGCCAACAUCGCAGAAGGACCAGAAGCUAUCCUACAAACUCAAUCAGCUUGCUAAACUUCGACAAGAUGCUAAAACUGGAAAAGUGAAAAAACGACAGCAUGUGCAGCAUCGCGAAGACAAGCCUAGGGAUCGUCUACAGAAGAAAUUUCAACCAAUUGAACCGCGCGAAGAUGAGACUGCGACGGAGUACAUGCGACGAGUGAAUCGAAUCACAAGCGAUGGAAUCAAGGAGGCGGAAUAUGAAGCGAAAUACGGUGUACAGGUGAUUCGCAACGAGAAGACUGGACAAAUCACGAUAAAGAAACGUCCAAAAGAUGAAAUCACAGAACUGAUGAAAGCCAAGCAAAAGGGCAAAGGAAAAAAACAAAAAUUGGUCAAACCUGCAAUCGACCCGAAAUUGGCUAAAUCGCUUAUCAAACAGGCGAUUGAGGAGACAAAGAAAGAACAGAAAAAGGAGACCAAGGUAGAGGAAUACAGACGUGACACAUUCAGAUUUGGCGAAGUAGUCCAAGCACCUCCGUCACUAGUUGCACCUAGGCGUGCACCGAAAAAUGAAACCGUGCCACGACCUGGAAAGAAGAACAGUUUAUUACUCAAGAAGAUGUUAGAUGAUGAAGGAGGAGAAACGGCCGAGGAAAGUGUCAAACCUGUUAAUAAAGGAGAUACAAAGAAGAAAGUCAGUUUAGAUCUGAAAGGAAAACGAAAAGAUUUACCCAGAGCCACAAGGCGAAUGAUCGAAGAGCAACAGACAAAAGCUGUGGAGCUAUAUCGUCAAAUGAAAAAGAAUAAAAUGAAAGAAAAAUGAAAAAAUGCAAUGAGUAAUAAGGUUUUUAAUAAUUCUUUAUUUUAAAUAGUAUUUUUGCUUUUGUAAAGUGAUAAACACAUAAGAGCU